UGAAACGUAAACAUCUCUUGGCAAUUUCUAUUCUUCUUUCUGCCACAAUCAUCCUGACAUUUAAAUCUUUUGAACAUUCGUUCCUAAGGGUGUCCGCACAUUUAUAUAAACUGCCCAAUGUGACCCUCAUUACUCCAGUGAUGAGACAGUCAAUAACUCUACAUGAUAGAGGCCAUGAUUACCCCUUGAAGCUCUCCAGCUUUGAGUUGGAGUUCCCACACCUGCAGACAUAUCAAUGCUCAGUGAUUCUCAGUCCACCUGUUACCCCGUACGAUGACGAUGACUUACAGCUCAUAUUAAUGGCCAUCAAAUCCCAUCCAAGAGAUGGACUAAGGCGAUCAGCUGUACGACAGACCUGGGCCCAAGAACAAGAGAUGAAAGGCUACAAGCUGAGACGGCUCUUUCUGGUGGGGAGAACGGAAAGUUCAGCACAAAUGGAGAUAUUGAAGGUGGAGAGCUCCAUGUACGGGGACAUACUACAAUGGGACAUGAUGGAAGGACAUUACAACCUAUCACUGAAGGAACGCUGCUUCCUGGAGUGGAUGAACCACCAGGUCCCCGAAGUGGAUUACAUAUUCAAGGGUGACGACGAUGUAUUUGUGAAUCCAGAGCUGGUCGUAGAUCUUAUUAAUGUUUUUGGAUCUCCAGAUAUAAUCCAUGGUUACCAUCAGCAUCGUCCACCUGUUAUGCGUUCCACCAAAUACAGGAUCACUGAGGACCUCUAUCCAGUGAAAUUCUAUCCUGGCUUUGUGUCUGGUGGAGGCUUCAUCUUCUCAGGACCCUCAGUGCCCAUUCUCUAUGAAUCCUCCCGUGUUAUGCCAGUUUUCCCUCUGGACGAUGUGUAUUUUGGCUUCUUGGCUUUGGCAGCAAAUUUGACGUAUAGACACGACCAUCGUUUCUAUGUGCGGGGGCUGAAAUAUGACGUUUGUACGUACAAGGAAGCAAUUGUUGUUCACGGAAUAGGUCCGGAAAGACUGAUUAAUAUCUGGAGUGAGGUGACCAAGCACAAGUGUGACAAGGACAAAGGUUAAUGAGGAUGAGGAUCUGAUAAAAGAGCUUUUUUAAAUCUGUCAUAAACUGGGGUGAG